AGGGAAACGGUGCUACUGGGAGUCAUGGCUACCACAAACCCUCUGGAGAACCUCCAGGUGGAGGCCAGCUGCUCCGUCUGCCUGGAGUACCUGAAAGACCCCGUGAUCAUCGACUGCGGCCACAACUUCUGCCGGGUUUGCAUCACCCGCUGGUGGGAGGAUCUGAACCGUGACUUCCCUUGCCCCGUCUGCCGCAAGACCUUCCGCUACCGCACCCUGAAGCCCAACCGGCAGCUGGGCAACAUGGUGGAGAUAGCGAAGCAGCUUCAGGUCACCAACAAGCGCAAGGUGCGGGACGAGAACGUGUGUGAGAAGCACGACGAGGUGCUCCGCCUUUAUUGUAAGGAGGACGAGGCGGCCGUUUGCUUGGUGUGCUCGAUUUCCCACGAGCACCGGUCCCACACGGUGGUAGCCUUGGACGACGCCUCCCUAGAGUUCAAGGAAAAGCUGCAGAAAUGCCUGGCGCCGCUGGAAAUGAAGCUGCAGGACAUCACUCACUGCAAAUCCCAGGAGGAAAAGAAGCCUGGAGAGCUUAAGCGGAAAGUCGAGAGUCGCCGGCAGCUCAUCAUCAGCGAGUUCGAGGAGCUGCAUCAGUUCUUGGAGGAGGAGCAGCAGGAACUUCUUUCACAUCUGGAGGAUGAGGAAAAGGAGAUCUUGCAGAAGCUGAAGGAUAACGUAACCCAGCUGUCAGAGCAGCGGCUCUCCCUCAGCAGCCUCAUCACAGAGGUUGAGGAGAAGUGCUUGCAGUCAGACAUAGAGAUGCUCAAGGAUGUCAAGAACACUCUGAAAAGGUGUGAGGAGGUCCAAGCCCAAGAGCCAACUUUGAUUUCCAUCGAGCUGGAGAAGAAUUUCUGCAAUUUCCCCAGGCAGUACUUCACCUUGCGCAAAAUCAUCAAAAGUCUGACUGGAGAUCUGACGCUUGACCCUGAAACAGCCCACCCCAACCUUGUGCUCUCGGAGGAUCGCAAGAGCGUCAAGUUUGUAGAGCAGCGUCUGCGAGAUCUGCCGGACAGCCCAAGGCGCUUCAGCGUGUACCCAUGCGUCUUGGCAACAGAAGGCUUCACCUCAGGCCGCCACUACUGGGAGGUCGAAGUGGGUGAGAAGACCCACUGGGCUUUGGGGGUUUGCAAUGACUCCGUCAGCCGCAAAGGGGAGACAGCUUCUCUGCCAGAGACUGGCUACUGGCGGGUAAGGCUGUUCAACGGGGACAAAUAUGCGGCCACCACUACCCCCUUCACCCCCCUCAACAUUGCCGUCAAACCCAAGCGAGUGGGCGUCUUCCUGGACUACGAGGCCGGCAAGCUGUCGUUCUACAAUGUGACAAACCGCUCCCACAUCUAUACAUUUACUGACAACUUCACAGAGAAACUUUGGCCCCUCUUCUAUCCAGGGAUCCGCGCCGGCCGUAAGAACGCGGCCCCCCUCAUCAUCAGGCCUCCCACGGACUGGGAGUGA